ACUGGAUUCACCACUGCAGCACCGCCCAGUACAGGCAUGAGUCUUGAUGCUGCUGACAUCGCUGUGGUCGUCAUUUAUUUUAUCUUUGUCAUGGUCGUAGGAAUCUGGUCAUCAGUGCGAGCCAAUCGUAGCACUGUAGGGGGCUACUUCUUGGCUGGCCGUUCAAUGACCUGGUGGCCUAUUGGAGCCUCACUGAUGUCCAGUAAUGUCGGCAGCGGUUUGUUCAUUGGUCUAGCUGGAACAGGAGCAGCUGGGGGCAUCGCAGUUGGAGGGUUUGAAUGGAAUGCAGCCUGGGUCCUGCUGGCUCUGGGUUGGAUCUUUAUCCCUGUCUACAUCUCUGCUAGUGUGGUGACCAUGCCUGAAUAUCUGGGCAAACGCUUUGGAGGCCAGAGGAUACGCAUCUACAUGUCUGUCCUCUCACUCAUCCUCUACAUUUUCACCAAAAUAUCUUCAGAUAUAUUUUCAGGUGCAUUGUUCAUCCAGGUGUCAAUGGGCUGGGAUAUCUAUCUGUCCACAGUCAUACUGCUGCUGGUCACCGCUGCCUACACUGUAGCAGGUGGUUUGGCAGCAGUGAUCUACACAGAUGCUCUCCAGACUGUGAUCAUGGUUGGGGGAGCAUUUGCAUUAAUGUUCAUUGCAUUCGACAAAGUUGGCUGGUACGAGGGCCUUGUGGACCUGUACAUGUCAGCUGUUCCCUCAGUGACAGUCGCCAACACCACCUGCCACCUGCCUCGUAGUGAUGCCUUCCGCAUGUUCAGAAACCCUGUGACAGGGGACAUACCCUGGCCCGGUCUGGUGUUUGGGCUCACAGUACUGUCUACAUGGGUGUGGUGCACUGAUCAGGUUAUUGUCCAGAGAUCUCUGUCGGCCAAGUCUUUGUCUCAUGCCAAAGCAGGCAGUGUGUUGGGAGGCUACCUCAAACUUCUGCCCAUGUUCUUCAUCGUGAUGCCAGGCAUGAUCAGCCGAGCAUUGUUCCCAGAUGAGAUAGGUUGUGUGGAUCCAGUGGUGUGUCAGAGCGUGUGUGGAGCUUCAGUCGGUUGCUCCAAUAUCGCCUACCCUAAACUAGUGGUAGAGCUAAUGCCUGCGGGUCUUCGUGGUCUGAUGAUAGCAGUGAUGUUAGCAGCUCUGAUGUCUUCUCUGACCUCCAUCUUCAACAGCAGCUCCACUCUGUUCACACUGGACCUCUACCACAGAGCCAGGCCGAAGGCUACAGAGAUGGAACUCAUGAUUGUUGGAAGGGUGUUCAUCCUGGUCUUGGUGUGUGUCAGUAUUCUGUGGAUUCCAGUCAUCCAAACGGCCAACAGUGGGCUGCUGUUUGAUUAUAUCCAGUCAGUGACCAGCUUUCUUGCUCCGCCCAUUACAGCUGUAUUCCUCAUGGCUAUCUUCUGGCCACGUGCCAAUGAGCAAGGUGCCUUCUGGGGUCUGAUGGGUGGACUAGUGGUGGGACUGAUCCGCAUGGUUCUGGAGUUCUCCUACAUGGCUCCCUCCUGUGGUCAGCCUGAUCAUCGGCCUGCUAUCGUGGCCGAUGUCCACUACCUGUACUUUGCUCUGAUCCUGCUGGCUCUCACCUGCCUUGUGAUUGCUGCUGUCAGCUUGGCCACUGCCCCAAUACCUAAAGAACAUCUGCACCGGCUGACCUGGUGGUCCAGAUACAGCCAGGAGCCUCGGCUCGACCUCACAGGACCCCCGCUAACUCCAGACCCUGUGGACUCUGAUCACGAGCCUGACCGUUCGCCACAUUCCUGGUGGCGGAGAGCUGCUUUGCGGCUCUGUGGUCUGACUGGUCCCAACACUGGCUCUGUACCGCCAGUGACUGAAACUAAUGAGCUGAACUCCCUGCAGGAGGAUCCUUUCUGGAGGAAUGUCUGCAACAUUAAUGCUCUGCUGCUGCUGACUGUUAAUGUGUUCCUCUGGGGAUACAUGGCUUAA